UCACCUCACACGCCGCCUUCCCGACGCUGACAGCCGGGCCCCACCACAGACCUCGACGGCCAUGGACCACGAUCCCAAGGAGCGGCUCCUCCUGCCGCCCCGCGCCGCGGCGGCGGCGGCGGCCAAUGGGCCCCACCGCCGCGCCGCGCCCGCGGCGGGCGGCGGCGGGGGCGGCGUGGCCAUCGACGUCCACGGGCUGAAGAGGCGCGGCGGCGGGCGGCGGUCGUGGGUGCGCGUGGACGCGGCGACGGGGGCGUCGGAGGCGGUGGAGGUCGCCAAGCCGGCGCUCAUGCGGCGGCUCGACCUGCCCGCGCGCGACCUCCGCCUCCUCGACCCGCUCUUCGUCUACCCCUCCGCGAUCCUCGGGCGCGAGCGCGCCGUCGUCUGCAACCUCGAGCGGAUACGGUGCAUCAUCACCGCCGACGAGGCGCUCAUCCUGCGCGACCCCGACGUGGCGGGGGGAGGAGCUGAGACGGAGGAGGCCGUGCGGAGGUACGUCGCUGAGCUGCAGCGCCGCCUCGUGGACCGCGCCGACGAUCUGCCGUUCGAGUUCAUCGCCCUGGAGGUCGCGCUCGAAGCUGCCUGCUCGUUCCUCGACGCACAGGCUGUCGAAUUGGAGGCUGACGCUUAUCCUUUACUGGAUGAAUUGACAACGAAAAUCAGUACCCUUAACUUGGAACGUGUGCGGCGCCUAAAGAGUAAGCUGGUUGCAUUGACUAGAAGGGUCCAAAAGGUCAGAGAUGAGAUAGAGCAGCUGAUGGACGACGAUGGUGAUAUGGCUGAAAUGUACCUCACAGAGAAGAAGAGGAGGAUGGAAGCAUCAUUGCUAGAGGAGCAGGCGUUUCAGGGGAUGGGCAAUAGUGGAUUUGGUUCAUCUUUCUCUGCUCCAGUUUCGCCAGUUUCCUCACCCCCUGCUUCUCGAAGGCUUGAGAAGGAAUUGAGUUUUGCCAGAAGUAGGCAUGACAGCUUCAAGAGUGCAGACAGUAGUCAGUACAGCAUAGAAGAACUUGAAAUGUUGUUAGAGGCUUAUUUCGUGGUCAUUGAUUACACCCUCAGCAAGUUAACUUCGCUGAAGGAGUAUAUUGAUGAUACAGAGGAUUUCAUCAACAUACAACUGGACAACGUCCGAAACCAACUGAUCCAAUUUGAACUGCUGCUGACCACGGCUACAUUCGUGGUGGCCAUCUUCGGAGUUGUCUCGGGAGUUUUUGGCAUGAACUUUGAGGUGGACUUGUUUAAUGUACCACAUGCGUUCGAAUGGACGCUUGUCAUUACAGGCGUAUGCGGCUUAGUCAUAUUCUGCUGCUUCAUCUGGUACUUCAAGAAGAGAAGGUUUUUCCCCUUGUAAAAUGGAUUUCCCUGUUCCUCCCCCCCCCCCCCCCCCCCCUCUUUUCAGUUUUCUACUGCAGCGUGCAGACGCUGCACUGGAAAUUUAUCGUCUUUCAGCUUUGCCAGCACGCAAUUGUACAUACAUUUUCCCUCCUUGUUUCAAUGAAAGAUACCUGUAGAUCAUAUCGUGAUGGAGUUGCAUCGGCUGCAAAUGGGAGAGCUUAUACUUUUCAAGCAUACGUCGCUGCCGAUAAGGUAGCCUCGUACAUCUGGCACACGCAUCUUUUGUUGUUGUGACACUGUUGCUCUGUAAGACAAACGUACUGGAUCAGUGUUGUUCUCUCGGGGAA